ACCACUGGCCUUGGAGCGGCUGAAGUAGCACCGGUAGCAGCGGCACCUGCGGUGUCGUGCCACGUUACCACCACGCUGAGUGCUCUGGCAUUGGCGGUGUGCCUAGGCGCGCUCAUCGUCGCAACGGCAGUUGGCAACGCGCUCGUCUGCCUCUCCGUCUGCCUCGUGCGCCGCCUACGGCACCCGUCCAACCACCUCCUCGUCUCCCUGGCCGCCUCGGACCUGUGCGUUGCCCUGCUGGUCAUGCCGCCAGCCUUGCACCUCGAGCUUACCGGUCAUCGCUGGGACCUGGGCCGAGCGGCUUGCGAUGCCUGGGUGUCCGUGGACGUAGCGUCCUGCACCGCAUCCAUCCUAAACUUGUGCAUGAUAUCUGUGGAUCGCUACCUGGCAAUCACUCGGCCAUUGACUUACGGCGUACGAAGGACUGCCCGUAGAGCGUGGGCUUGCAUCGGCGCUGUCUGGCUGCUGGCGGCGCUCAUAAGCGUGCCACCUCUGCUCGUGCUGGGAAACGAACAUGGAACACCUACCAUGCCCACCUGCCUUGUAUGCCAACAUUUGGCGUACCAACUGUACGCGACACUGGGGGCAUUUUACAUACCCCUCGUGGUCAUGCUGUCCAUGUACUGGAGAAUUCAUAGGGCUGCCAAAAGGGUCGUCGAGGCCGAACAUAGGGCAAGACCAGGACCUCGCACAAGGAGCCUAAGGGUCGCCGUAAGGGAGCGCAAAGCUUCCAUAACAUUAGGAAUUAUCCUGACGGCUUUCACAGUGUGCUGGUUGCCCUUCUUCGCUUUGGCACUGGUUAGACCUCUCGGUGGGAAGCCCCUUCCAGAGCUGGCACACAGCCUUGCUCUUUGGCUUGGUUACACUAACUCAGCACUGAAUCCAGUCAUAUACGUGACAUUCCAUCAUGAUUUCCGUCGGGCAUUUCGUGACCUCUUGUGCUUGCGAUGCGGCAGGCGAGUCAACGAUAACGGUGCAAUGGUUGGUGGAAGUGCGAACGGAGCAGGGCAGCUGCUCGGAAGAAGAAACAACAACCACCGCUCGUGGGCCUGACCCUGGUGGACGUCGCCUGGGGACGUUCGAGUCUCCAGAGUCGACGUUGCUCGUGAUCUAAACGAAAUGGACAAGGAUAAUCAGCAGAAGAAGCAACAAAACCAAGCGAGCCACAUCAUAUGUGAUUCAAGCGCCUCGCCUAUAGCCACUCUGUUUCCUUGACCGUUGCUGUGAAAUGAUGCUCCUGCGAAUGUUCCCGUUUUUGAACUGAACAGCAAAGAAUGGUGCACCAUUCGCGCGUGGCUUUAAGGUCCGCAAGCUGGUAGUCAAGUGUGUAGUUGUUGCAAAUGGAAUCCCUCGUGAUGUUGCGGGAGCGAAGCGGAUGGUUUUGUUCCACUGUUAUAGGCAAUUGAGCCUAUUUAUGUGCGACAAGCUGUCAAGAUAUCCCGAAAGUUUGGAGAGUGGCUUCUGCUAAGUGACGCUUUUGUGCUAUGUUUUCUACGCCACAGUCUCAUCAACACAACUUCUGGUUGAUGCACCCCAUGUGUUCUGUUAGGACUGUGGAUUUUAUUCUGCCUAAAACACUUUUGUAUGUUACGAGCGUUUCAAUGAGUCGUGACCUGCAGACGCAGCAGAGUACCAAUCACCAUGUUCAAGAAUAAGUGGCGUUUUUCUGUAUUAAGUGGUUUCCUUGCUGCUGGAAUACUGUGUGCACCUCGGGGGAACUGCAGAGACAGCGCAUAAUGUUACCUCACGCAACCUCCAGAAAGGCCGAGCUGCCGUGUUAUUAAUGAACACGUGUAUCUGGAGUUCUGAACGUGCAGUGAACUAAACUCAACGCGCUGAAGAAUGCAUGUGCCCAGUGAGGUACAGGUACUAACUGUGUUUUUGUUUUUACCAUUGAAUCCUGCUUGUUCAGCUGUCUUCGUCGUCCACCAAGAGCAGGAGUGUUCACAGUUACUACUUGUAAUGUUGACUGGAUAUUGCACAUGGUACGUUGUUUAGCAGUUUUAGCCUAAGUCUUGUUAAGCCAGCAUGUUUAAAAGAGCUGUAACUUUCGCAGGUACGCGCGCUUUUGAUUCAACAAUCAAGCUGCUGAGACUAUUCCUCGUUUCAUUCGCAACUGUGAGACUCGACUUUCCACAGUUGCGAUUCACCUUUGAAACAAGAACACCAAAACCUUUCCGCAGAAACUCACCAGCUUUCCAUUUGCACGCACAUCUAUAACCGACGUUCAAACUUCAACUGCUUAACAUCAAGGCCAUGCGUGUGUUAGCGCAGAAGUUUUACAAGGUUGUCUUUAUCGGUCCCGGUCUUUAAAACCACUUGGUUUUGUUAUUAGGUUGUUUCGUGCGGACAUUUAGUUACUGAAUAUAAGAAAAUUCUUCGCUUUCCAGAGCCAUCUGGCUUUUCCUAUGACAGGACCUACAAGCAAAGGUGGUUUUUAUUUUUCUGACAGGCUGUGCUAAAAUAACUGAAACCUGCACUUCGAGCAGGCACUUGUCGGGUGGCCCGCGACUUGUGCAAACAGAGAGAGCCUAGGUUUGUGGGCCCGAUCCUCCAAGCUGAAAACAAUAAAGUUGUUCAGCAGCAUAGAGUGUUGGGCAAGUUGGUGCAUCAUGUAGUGUCGUUGAGCGGAAAUACGGGCACGAGGAAACGGAGUCGGCAGCACAGACGCUUACUCUGCAUGUGAAGCUGCAAAUUUUCUUUUGCAGGAGCUCGCAAGGGAAUGCACGGUGGAAUCUACAAUGGGUCUAACAAGCAAGUGCUGGUAGUAUCGACUGCUAUGCUUAGCAGCGUGUUGACUGGGUAAUACAAGACGUCACUGAGGGUGCAAUUAUUCCAAUAACUUUCAGAAUGUGACAUAAUUUUUCAUAUAUGAAUGUGUUACGCCAUACAAUUUCUAUUUUAUUGAGAAACCCAAGACAAUAAAGUACCAUCAAAUCCAGCAAAAA